AUGGACGACCGCAAUCCCCCACCGGACCCCAAAGGCAAAGCCCCGGCCACAACCCCAGCCGCAGCCGCGACGUCGUCAUCGGGAAGCACAGAUCCAGAGCGUCCGUCUGUGUUGUCACGCAUCGUCCGGUCGGCCGCUGGCCUGGGCCGUGACGCCUUAGCUGGCCGGCCUCACAGCGGCGAUCUGGUCGGGCUUGCCUCGAACAAUAGCAGCAGCAAGGCAGGGCCGUCGCCAGCCGGCGGCAACAGCAGCAGCAGCACAGAAGGCUACGCCAGAGACCAGUCGGGAGAACAGAGACACGCGGCUACGUCGUCGACGGCUUUCGUGGCCGGACACACGCGGCAGCACAUUGCCGCGCAGGAGGACGCGUUUGCUCGCUUUCUGGACGGCGCCGACAUCGACACCUCGAUUCCAGACGACCUCCCGGGACUGGUCGGCUUCCAAGACGUUGCACCUCCGGCUGUCCAGCCGGAAUCGGAGGCGCCGACCUCCUUCUCUGCCGCUGUCGCCGAGCAGCAGUCCCGUGACGGGAUCGACGUCGUCCACUUGCUGGCUGGUGGCCACGGCGCAGAGGAAGAGCCAGACUACGGGCAGGACGUGGAGCUGGCCGAGGAUGAGGUGGCCGGCCUGCAGCGGGCGCUCUUUGGCAGCAGCCCGCUGGCCGUCAGCUCCACCACCACAGUCACCUCCUGGGACCACGUUCUCAACUUCACCCCCGCGUUUAUGCGUCCGACCCCCGGAAGCAUCAGCAGCGACGGCGACAGUCAUACCCUGUUGGGUGUCGGCCAGUCGCCCGAGGCUACUCGGCUGUGGCUGGGCCAGUGGCGCGAUGUGCUCACGCGCUACGAUGAAGAAGUCUGGGGCGGAUUGGCCCCGCUGGUGGCAGAGGCGCGCGACGAGGUUGAGCAGCUGGACGAGGCGGCUUCAAUAAAGCCACCAGAUGGCCCCUCGCACAGCACUAGGGCACUCGGUCGGCUGCAGCAGAUCCUGGGCCACCUUCGGGGCAGCCAAUGA